AGUCUGUUUUAGAGGAAGCUCGCGGAAGCUGUCUCUUUUGUUUUGUUUUCUUCUUAGUUUUUCUGUGGAAACCUGGUCGCCUUUUUAGUUUGCAUAGUGCGCUAUACGGUUUUAUUUCUCAAAAAUUUUAUCUAUUUUAUUUAUCAAAACGUUAACUUUUAUCUUCCGACAUUUAGUCGUGUAUAGUGAGUUAGCUCCGUGGGCUCUAACAGCUAGCGGGCCUGGAGCUGUUCUUAGUCAGAACCUGCUUUUAUCAACAGCUGCUCUUGUUCCGCCUUACGGGCUGUUUUUGACAGAGCAGCUCUGGGAGCGUGUGAACUCUACGGUGAUCAGAUCAGGCUGAUUCCUCACACUGACUGGAGUCAGAGGGACAGCAGAACCUCCAGUUCGAUCAGCUGAUCGGUAAUCAUGUACGCCCCGCCGGGCCCCGCAGCCCCCGCCGGCAGGAGGAGGAGAGCCGGCUCCUCCACGCCCAAGCAGCCGGAGCGGAGUCUGGUGUCGGCGCUGCCCGGAGCUCUGUCCAUCACGGCGCUGUGCACGGCCCUGGCCGAGCCGGCCUGGCUGCGGGUCCACGGGGGGACCUGCCCCCGCCAGGAGCUGGGGGUGGCGGACGUGCUGGGAUAUAUCGAUCCCAAGCUGCUGGACGAUUACUGCAUGAACCCGCAGACCAUCCUGCUGCUGAGGGUAAUAGCUGCCUUCUGUUUCCUGGGGAUCCUGUGCAGUCUAACUGCUUUCCUGUUGGAUGUCUUUGGGCCCAAACACCCUGCCCUAAAGAUCACACGUAGAUACGCUUUUGCACAUAUACUUACAGUGUUGCAGUGUGCCACAGUCAUCGGGUUUUGCUACUGGGCCUCAGAGUUGAUCUUGUCUCUACAGCAGCAACACAAAAAGUAUCACGGUUCUCUCAUAUACGUCACAUUUGCCAUCAGUUUCUACCUGGUGGCAGGUGCAGGCGGAGCAUCUAUCCUCGCCACAGCCGCAAACCUGCUGCGCCACUAUCCCACCGAGGAGGAAGAGCAGGCCUUAGAGCUGCUCUCAGAAAUGGAGGACAGCAGCGAGACUUUCCCUGCUGACUAUGACAUUGCCAACCAGUUUCAGCCGCCACCUGCUUACACACCUUAAUGCCAAGAAUCUGGCAGACUGACCUUGUUUCCUUUUCAGCACAGCUAUUUGCUUGAUGUGCAAACCACACUCUUUAUCAAAUGGAUAUCUUUGCAAAUACUUUUGGCAGUGAACAGUGCACAUAGUUGGUGCACAGAUUCCUUGAAUGACAGGGCUUGGGUGCAUGAAAGCUUUCUUUAGUGGUGACAGAAAUUUAGGUGGUAAUUCUUACUUUCACCACAGAAGUGGUUAAUGAUUUGCAUGUAAAUGGCUUGCAGGAACUGGUCCUUACAUGUAAAGAAAACUGAACUGCAAGGAGUGCUGAACAGUGCUCAGCACAAACUGAUAAAGCAGCCACGGGCUAUUGACACUUUGUCAGCAGCUGCAGUGAUUGGACAUGGAUGGAGCUUUGCUAAGCAGCAUUGUGAUUUAAUCUGCUUGCCAUGUGUCUCUCUUUUCUUUUUUUCUUAUACAUCACAGAUGCUGAAUUACAUGCACACUAACACAAUUGUUUUAGUCAUUUUAUGUAAAACACCCCAAAAAAGUAUUUAUUGUAUGUGCUAUCUUUUUUUUUGUUUUUUGCAAGCACCUGUCACUGGCAUAAUAGUUUUCCAUCUCUGUACUUGAAAAAACAAAACAAAACAAAAAAAGAGUAAAAACUGUGAGAGAUCUUUGUGGUGUUCAUAGAAGGGAUGAUGGUAUGUAUUGUGUGAUGCAGAGAAAUAGCGAUUUUUGUGUGGGGGGGGGGGUCAAAAAUAUGUUUUGUCAUCUUAAUUGUAUUUUUUAAAGAUUCAUUUGUAAUUUGUGAUUACCAUAUGUGACAACUUCAUUGUGUGUUUCCAAUUCAUGAGUUCUUUAGGGUCCAGAUUUUAAAGUUUCAGCCAGAAUCUUAUGUAAACAUCUCGUGUAAGGUUUCAGCUGAUGCUUGAAUUUGUGACCGGUGUGGUGAAUCUGGUCUGUUUUACAUUGUUCUGUUGAUGCCAUUUUCUGAGUUUUGUUCCUCACUUCUAUCACAAGUAUGUAAAUAUUGAUUGCUUAUACAUAAAGUGGUCAUAAUAAAGUAAGUGUCAUAUUUUAGCA